CUGAAUGUCAUCGUGUGAUAGUUGAUCCAAUGAAGUAUGAACAGUUGAACACCCCACUUCCUCUUAACUUUCGAACCCCACUAACUCUAUCUCUCUCUCUCUAAAACCAUGGCAAAACCAUUUCAUUUCCUUCUGCUUCUCUUAUCUUGCCACCUCUUCCUCCGUCGCUCCUUCGCUGCCACCGCCAACAAAAUCGGCGUCAACUACGGAACCGUCGCCGACAACCUCCCGCCGCCGUCCAGGGUGGCGGCCUUUCUGAAAUCCCAAACCACCAUCGACCGCGUCAAGAUCUUCGAUGCCAACGCCGACAUUCUCCGCGCCUUCGCCGACACAGGCAUCGCCGUCACCGUCACCGUCGGUAACGACGACAUCCCUUCCCUCUCCAAGCUACCCGCAGCACAGUCGUGGGUCUCCAACAACAUCCUCCCAUUUCAACCGAAAACCGCCAUCAACCGCAUCGCCGUCGGCAACGAAAUCCUCGCGACCUCCGAUAAAACCCUCAUAGCCAAAAUGCUACCCGCCAUGAAAGCUCUUCACGAAGCUCUAAACCUCGCGAACCUCACUCACAUUCAAGUCUCAACACCUCACUCUCUUGGUAUAUUAUCAGCGUCGUAUCCACCGAGUUCUGGAAGUUUCCGACGCGGCUACGACCGCGCCAUCUUCGCUCCGAUUCUUGAUUUCCAUCGCCAGACCAAGUCCCCUUUCAUGGUGAACCCGUACCCGUUCUUCGGGUUCUCGCCGAACAAACCCGAGAGUCUGAACUACGCGCUGUUCAAGCCAAACGGCGGCGUUUUUGACGAAGCAACGGGGAUGAACUACACCAACUUGUUUGAUGCUCAGAUGGACGCGGUUUACUCAGCGAUGAAGAAGGUUGGUUACGAGGAUGUUGAGUUAGUUGUGGCGGAAACGGGUUGGCCCUCUGCGGGUGACCCGAACCAACCGGGUGUGAGCUUGGAUAAUGCGGUGUCGUAUAAUGGGAACUUGAUAAAGCAUGUUAACUCUGGGAAAGGUACCCCUCUGAUGCCUAACAGGACCUUUCAAACUUACAUCUUCGCAUUGUUCAACGAGAACCUCAAGCCCACCACUUCGGAGCGUAAUUACGGGUUGUUCAAACCCGAUCUCAACCCGGUUUACGACGUCGGCGUUUUGAACCCCCAACAGGCACCGGAUACCACGUCUGGGCCCACGGCACUAGCACCGUCUGGGCCCACAGCAUUAGCACCGUCAGGGCAAAACAUCAGAAAACCCGAGAGAGGUGGUUCACUCAAACGUGCCAUUUCCUACACUGGAUCAUAUGCCUUCUUAUUUAUUUUUCAACUUCUGAUAUGUCUCUUUUUUUCCUAAUU